AAAAAAUACGUAACGUGAAAGAUAUUGAUACAAUAAAUAAAAACUUUUAGUUCAAUAUAUUGGCUCAUUGAACGGUAUACAAUUUAUGUUAAGAUUCUUUCCAUACAUUAAAAUUUUGUUCUAACAUUUGUAAAUUAACUUGUUUAUUUUGAGUAGGUUGAAAUUGUAAUGUAGUUAGUUUUAAUUUAAUUAAUCUGUAAAUUAAAUUCGCGUGGUGAAAGUACAAAACAAGAAAAAUUGUAUUGACAAAAUUAUGUGGAAAAACUUUACUAAUAACUUCAACAAUGCAAUGUUAUAUUUUUUAAUCCAAAUUUUAUUUCUAUCAAAUCAAUAUCAAAAGAUAAAGGGAAAUAAAAACGAUUGACUCAAUGCGUUUGUACACGAUUAUAAAUCAUAAAAUUAAAACAUCAUAUCACUAGAAAAAUCCCUAUAGUCAAACUACAAUUAUAAUUUUCAAAAAAGGUUCCAAUGCGAGUUAGAUCAUACCGUGUGCAGGUAAAAUCCUUGUAUUGUCAAUUCGAUGGUGAAUGAACUGAUUGUCUGCUAUACGCCAUAAAGGCUCCUUAGAUGUUUUUCUCUACUGUCAGUGUCACUCUUUCAUCGCACGUGAGUACACGAUUGAAACAAAAUUGAGGAGCCUGAGUUGAGUUCAUUUAAAAAUAACGCGCGAAUUUGGCAAUAAUCAUACAAUGAGCAUGUUGACAGAAACCAUAGAAGAUUCAAAAAAUUCCGAAGAACCGUGUCAGGAAAAUGUUGAGGAACAAACGGAAAUUAAAAGCGAAGCACAGAGCAUUACACACAAGCGUUUGGUAGACUUGACCAACGAUGCAAUUUUUAAUAUACUUCAAAGUGAUCCCAUGUUGUCAGACUUGCCUCCCAAUCCUACGGCAGAAGAGAUAAGAGCUCAGAAAGCUGUCGCUGAAGGACAAGCUAUUACUUUGUUUAUUGAAAGAGGAGCUUUACCAACUCUCCCAAUUGUGGUACCUAUUAAAUCUACAUCUAUAGCAGAAGUUAAAAAAGCAGUAAAAAGAGCAACUAACUUAGCUAUGGAACGUACAGGAGUGACUUACAAAAUAAGUUGGAAAAGUGUAUGGAAGAGAUAUUGGUUGUCUUUCGAAGGACUCAAAUUGAUGAAUGAUUUUGACAAUAUAGAUAGCUAUGGUAUUACAAAUAAAUCUCGCUUAAGAUUUGUAAAAAGGAAAACAGAGAAAAAAAGUAAAUAAUAGAUUCAACUCUUAUACAGAUUUAUUUGUACACUUGUUUAUUAAAUCACAACAAUUUUUUUAUGUA